GACCUGGACUCCUCUCUCUCCUUUGGAUGGUACCACUGGCUACACCAUCUCCUUCACUGGAGGCAGCUGUGGUAGUGAGGCUGUCAGUGGUGGAAAUACUACGAGUCACACUCUGACUGGUCUCACCAAUGGAAAGAACUACACCAUAUCCGUUGUAGCCACAUCCAACAACCUUGCUAGUGACACUGUGACAGCAGACAUGGCUGUUGGGUUAGUUCCUGGUCAGCCAACUGCCAGUCUUGGCUCCACAACAGCCACUACAGUCUCCCUCUCCUGGAGUGUUCCCAGUGGCUCAGUGGUGACUGAAUACCUUAUAGAAUGGACUAGAGACACCUCAGUAGGCUGUUCUGAUGAGGACAUAAACAGUACCCACUGUCACUGCUACCAGCCAUACUAUACCUGGUCUAGAGGAAGUCAGUAGGUACACCAUCACUGUGACAGCCACCAAUGGAGCUGGUAGUAGUGAAGUCAGUAUUGCUGUUACUGCAAUGACCGAGGAGGCUGUUCCAUCUGCCACACCUUCAUCUCUGACUGUGGAACUGGUUUGACCUCUUCCACCAUCACUGUGGUGUGGGAGAAGUGCCUUGUAUCCAUCAGAAUGGAGCCAUCACAGGCUACUCAGUCCAGUAUGGAGUGAUGGGGAGUGGAGCACAGAGAUGUUGACUGUUGAUGGAGCUACUGUGAAUGAAACCACCAUCACUGGUCUCAAUCCAUCCACCACCUACUCCAUUCAAGUGGCUGCAGUGAAUGGUGAACUUAUUGGACCAUACAGUACUGCAGUGGACCAGUUGACUAAAGUUGCUGUCCCAGUUCUGAUGUCAGACUCCACGACAGCCACCUCCAUCUUCCCUCUCCUGACCAGUGGUGGCUCAGAGGGAGUCAGUUAUGAGGUGGAGUGGGCAGAGAGACACUUCAGUAGGCUGUACUGAUGAGGACACAGACAGUACCACUAUCACUGGAGGUUCCAUGACUAGCUACACUAUCACUGGACUAGAGGAAGACAGUAGGUAUGCAGUCACUGUGAAUGCCUCCAAUUCCCUCGGAGAUGAACCAAGUAAACCAAAUCACUCCAAUGACAAUGGU